AUGGUAAACUUUCAUAUAGAUAUUCUAAAGGAUCUCUUGGCUGCACGCACUCAGAUGAGUGGACAGGUUCACGUUGAGGUUGAUGCAGCUCCACAGGAAGAUCUCAAUAAAGUCCUGGCUGAAAUUCGUGAGCACUAUGAAUCAGUAACAGCAAAGAACCACAGAGAUCUUGAGCACUGGUUCAAGACAAAGACAGAGUCUCUCAAACAGGAAGUUGUCUCCAGCACUGUAGAUCUGAAAACAUCUCGCUCUGAAGUCAGUGUGGUCAAAUCCAGACUGCAGGCAUUGGAAAUCGAACUCCAGUCCCUCUUAACCAAAUCCUCCUUCUACAAUGUGCAUUUUACAUUAUUUUUUCUAAGCUUGUGUGUUCUAUCAAUGCAGAAAUCAUCCUUGGAGGCCACAUGGUCUGACACGAAAGCUCGUUAUUCCAUGAAGUUGAGUGGUUACCAGAAUCAGGUAACCAUCCUGGAAGAGCAGCUUGCGCAGCUUCGUGCUAAUCUGGAACGUCAGCGUUAUGAGUAUCAGAUGCUUCUGGACAUCAAGACCAGACUGGAGAUGGAGAUUGCAGAGUACAGGAGACUGCUGGAUGGAGAAGCCACCGUCAAAACAACAUCCAGUUCCACCUCAAGAACCAAGGUCAUCACAGUUGUGGAAGAGGUAGUGGAUGGAAAAGUGGUCUCCACCACCAGUUCCUCAACCAUGUCUGAUGUUCGCAGAGUGAUUUCCUAA